AAGAACGCAAACCCACACAUCAUUUGGAAUAGGUACGUGUUUGACAGUGUUUGAGACAUUUCGUGGAAGCAAGCUAAACGGAGUAUACCUAUUUGAUUGUUUAGCUACCGAACAAACCAGCAGGAAUUUAGUUAUGUGAAAAUGCUGCCACCAAAUGGAAUAUACACAUCUCCAACGCCCUUUGAUCUAAGCUCUGUGGAAGAGAGCUCCGUGACCGACUUUCUCUUCAAGACCAUCCGCAAAAAUUUCGACAAACUUAAAGAAAAGGAAUGGAUGAUCGAUACAAAUACAGGUACCAAGGUGUAUUUCAGGGAUGUGGAGGACGGUUCGAAAAAAAUUGCCAGUGGUCUAGCGAGGCUGGGAUUUAAAAACAGGGACAUUCUUUACUAUGUUACCUACGAGACGGCGGUAUUGUACCUGGUGCACGUAGGUGUUUGGAGAUUGAAUGGAGCUGUUAGAGGAUGCUACCAAAUGGAGUCGGUUGAGGAGUAUGCGCGUCAGAUAAUAGAGACAAAAGCUACCUUUGUCUUGGUUGACGAUGAAACUGCAGAUUUACUUGUUCAAGCUAUCAAGCUUGUGCCAUGGCCGAUUACACUGAUUAAUUUUGGAGGUUUGGACUUGCCAGGGUCUACAUCUGUGGAAAAAUUGCUUCAAGAUGAUUGCUCUGCUUAUCCUGAUAAAGUGGAAGUAAACUGGAAGGACGAUUUUGUGAUUGUUCCAAACACGAGCGGCAGUACUGGUCUACCAAAGGGCGUCAUGCACACUCACUUCAACUUGAUUUUCUACAACUGUCUCCUAUUAGGCAAAGAAGAACUUUCUUGGACAUUCAUGACACCAAUGUCAAAUUACGCAAUUGGUUGCUUAGUUUUUGCAGUCCAAAGCGUCGUGCACGGAUGCACCAUCAUUCAUUUGGGCAAAUUCGAGAAGGAAAAAUACUUUGACUAUAUGGAAAGGUUCAAGCCAGAACACGUUUUGAUGUACCCGUUUGUGGCUACCUGGUUCGCAAGAAAUGAAAAGUUGGAUUCAUGCGACUUGAGCUUUUUAAAAGGGAUAAGCAUCGGCGGCUCAGUGCUUGAUCCGACCACAGUCGAUUUAUUGACAAAGAAAUUGCCACAGAUAAAAAUUAUUCAGAUCUACGGAAUGACUGAAACAUUAAAUAUCACCUGCACCUUAGUGGGUGAUGAAAGUGGCAAAUCUGAUGACAAGAAAGUCAUUGCCAUCGAAAAUCAAGGCGAAAUUUGCAUCUCGUGUGGAAAAAUUCUUCCCACAAUACAGGUCAAAGUGGUAGAUAUCGCAACUGGAGACUGUCUGGGGCCACACAAGAGGGGACACGUCCUUGUCAAAACACCCAUAAUGAUGAAAGGCUAUUUGUCUCUCAACCCUGAUUCCCCGUCUCAAUCGGACAUUGAUGAGGAUGGCUGGCUGCAUACUGGCGAUGUUGGCUUUUUUGACGACAUGGGAAACCUUUAUAUCAAGGAUAGAGUCGGCAUAAUGUUCAAAUAUUUCAUGUUUAUCGUGUCACCGGCUGAAAUCGAAGUCGUCUUGCAAGAGCACCCUGACGUGUUACAAGUGGGGGUGGUCGGCUUGCCGCACCCUGAGAGCACCAGUGUCGCGAAGGCCUUUGUGGUGCGCAAGCCAGGGCGCAAUUGCACCGAGCAAGACCUCUGCAAGUUCGUGGCAGACCGUUUGCCCAACUACAAGCAUUUGCACGGUGGCGUCGAGUUUGUCGAUCGACUACCUGAAAGCAGGGGCAACAAACUCGACAGGGUCGCUCUUAAGAAGUACGCAGUAGAGAGAAUGGAGAUGUGAAGAAAUAUGUACUUUCAUGCGAGAAGUGCUUCAAAUACUACUUCCGGUUAAACGGCGUUUCAUAAAAAAAACAUGUUUUGAUUCAAAUGAAAUGCAUCUCUACCUUUUGGUGUUUAGUUAAUUUUACUGUGCUGGAUUGUGCCACAGAAAUUUCUUACUUGAUUAUUAUUCAUUGAUAUGUCUGUUGUACCAGAAGAGGGCCGGACUGCCAUUGGCUGGCCCAACAAUGAAUCAAUGGUUGGCAGCCGAAAUCCUGGUUGAAUUUUUCACGCCAGUCCUGGCCUGUGCGUUGUUCACUCUCGUGUCUCGUGUUUAAUAAAUUAUUCGUCAAUUCAUUUUCA